AUGACCCGGGUGACUGGAACAAGCCUGAAGUGCCCCACGGCAGCAAAAGUCCUCCACAGCGCGCUCGUCACAUCCGUCGGCUCCGACCUCCGGGGCGCGUUCCCGGGCAAUUCGGGGCUGGAGUUUUCCCGGGGAAGGGGCGCGGCCCGGGGCCCCGGCGCUGACCGCGCCCGCGGGGGAGGCGGCGCCCAGAACUUGCUCAACUUGGCGGCGAGGACCCCGGGGCGGCCCCGGCGCGCCCGCCCGCCGCCCGCCCGCCGCCGCCGCCUCCGGCUGCUGCCGCCGCUGCUGCUGGCCCAGUGGCUCCCGCUCGCCGCCCCGGCGGCCCCCGGCCCCGCGCCCCUCGCGCUGCCGCUCCGCGUGGCCGCGGCCGCGCCCGCCCCGGGGCCCCCCGCCCUGCCCCGCGCCGACGGCCUGGCGCUCGCCCUGGAGCCCGCCCGGGCCGCCGCCGCCGCCAACUUCCUGGCCAUGGUGGACAACCUGCGGGGCGACUCGGGCCGCGGGUACUACCUGGAGAUGCUGGUCGGGACCCCCCCGCAGAAGCUCCAGAUUCUCGUGGACACGGGAAGCAGUAACUUCGCCGUGGCAGGCGCCCCCCAUUCCUACGUAGACUCCUACUUUGACCCAGAGAGGUCCAGCACGUACCGCUCCAAGGGCUUUGACGUCACGGUGAAGUAUACCCAAGGCAGCUGGACGGGCGUGGUGGGAGAAGACCUGGUCACCAUCCCCAAAGGCUUCAACAGUUCCUUUCUUGUCAACAUUGCCACCAUUUCUGAGUCUGAGAAUUUCUUUCUGCCGGGGAUUAAGUGGAAUGGAAUCCUGGGGCUGGCCUACGCCGCGCUGGCCAAGCCAUCCAGUUCGCUGGAGACCUUCUUUGAUUCCCUGGUGGCCCAAGCGAAGAUCCCCGACGUCUUCUCCAUGCAGAUGUGCGGGGUCGGCUUGCCGGUGGCCGCGUCUGGUACCAACGGAGGUAGUCUUGUCCUGGGUGGGAUUGAACCGAGUUUAUAUAAAGGAGACAUCUGGUAUACCCCCAUCAAGGAGGAGUGGUACUACCAAAUAGAGAUCCUGAAACUGGAGAUCGGAGGCCAGAGUCUUAACCUGGACUGCCGGGAGUAUAACGCGGACAAGGCCAUCGUGGACAGCGGCACCACGCUGCUGCGCCUGCCCCAGAAGGUGUUCGAUGCCGUGGUGGAAGCCGUGGCCCGCACAUCGCUGAUUCCAGAAUUCUCAGACGGCUUUUGGACGGGGGCCCAGCUGGCAUGCUGGAUGAAUUCGGAAACCCCGUGGUCCUACUUCCCCAAGAUCUCCAUCUACCUGCGGGAGGAGAACUCCAGCCAGUCGUUCCGCAUCACCAUCCUGCCUCAGCUUUACAUUCAGCCCAUGAUGGGGGCCGGCCUGAAUUAUGAGUGCUACCGGUUCGGCAUCUCACCGUCCACCAACGCGCUGGUGAUCGGGGCGACGGUGAUGGAGGGCUUCUAUGUCAUCUUCGACAGAGCUCGGAAGAGGCUGGGCUUUGCCACAAGCCCGUGCUCAGAGAUGGCAGGGGUUCCGGUGUCGGAAAUUUCCGGGCCCUUCUCCACGGAGGACGUCGCCAGCAGCUGCGUCCCGGCCCCGGCCCUGAGCGAGCCCCUCCUGUGGAUCGUCUCGUACUCCCUGAUGAGCGUGUGCGGGCUCGUCCUCCUCGUCCUCAUCCUGCUGCUCCUGCUGCCCUGCCCCUGCCGCCCCGCGACCCGCGACCCCGAGGCCGUCAGCGACGCGUCCUCCCUCGUCAGGCACCGCUGGAAAUGACCCCGCGCCCGCCCUGAGCUCCGGCCACCUCGAACCCGGCUCUCCUGAGGAGCACCCCCGCCCCCCCCCGGGGGGCAGCCUGCUUCCUCUGUCCCGUCCUCCGGGCUCUGCCUCCAAUGCCUUCCAGAUUCACUGUAUCGCGAUUGUUCUUGAUUUGAAAAAGCUCCCGGUUCUUUCCUCCUCCCAAGAGACAUGAUAAUAAAAAGGAACCGCCUCGUUCUAAACCCAAACAGAGUGAAUUCGGCUCCCGGCUUCCUGGGACCGCUCUGCCAAGCUGUCCAGGUAUGCUACCCAGCCCCCUUCCCCAGCCCCCCCCAAAAAAGAAAAAGCAAGGCAUAGCUAGUUACCAUCUCUCUCUGACCUCUAUCAAGAUGAGUGCCUGUUGUUUGUAACCCACACACACGCGCACACACACACACACACACACCCCACACCCUUUUACCUCCUAGGAAGCGUUUUGUAGUGGUGACAUCCAGGGCGGUGUGUGCCGGACCGGGUUCUCCACCACAGUAGUACACAAGGCCUGUAAUAGGCAGGAGUUGUGCCCUAGGGCCUGGUAAGAGAACCGUCCUGCCCUCUUCUGAGCGAGGAAGAGCUACGCGGGGCUCUGGGCUCUGAACGCAGCACGAAUCCAGGUGGAGAUGAACCCUCAUCUCCCCCCCACAGCCCCCCCCCAGACUCCCCCACGCGGGGAAGGCCUUCUGACCCACAGGAAGAACGCAGACCCUUUUCCCCAGACUCCUGUGCUACAAGCAAAUGGCUACCUCUUCUGUGACUUGGCCCGGGGUCCUGAGCGUCAGUGGGGCGCACACAGCCUGACCCCACCUGUGACCCUACCACGGGUGAGGUGGGACAGGGACUGAGCCGGGGACUCCUGCUCCGGACUCCCUGUACGAUUCCUCUUGCUUCAAGUUAAUGGAUCCCAUCUCGCUGGCGGGGCCGCCUCUUCUUCCACACCUUUGGGUGCCGCAUUCAAGUCGCCGAUCGCUCAAGCUCCGACCAGAGGGAAGGAAGGCGCGCGACUCGGUGGAGGGAUUCCACCUUUCCCUUUCAAAGACGUUGCCAGAGAAAGGCGGAGGCCUUGAGCUUGCUGCAGCCGGCCUUGACCUUGGGGUGACCAGCCACCUCUGGACCGAGAAACACACGGCUGUGCCCUCUGGGUGCAGAGCCCCCUCCCCCACCCCUCCCCCCCGCCAGGUUGGCCACGGUAAACUGGAGGAACCUUCUGGAGAUUCUCGAGGGAAGAUGGGUUGCGUGGCAGAAGGGAGAUGAAUGGGGGGGAAAGGCCCAUGGGGACGCCCCCCCCCCCCCCAGCUCACGGAUGAGGGCUGAGAGCACUUCACGGGUGGAAAGCUGCGGGAGUAGAAUCCGCUUCCUGCCCUCUUGCCUUUUCCCACCGAUUGUGGUCUGUGGACCACCUUGCAUCAGAGUGAAGGCAGGGCCCCCCCGGCAGGGCCCCCCUUGACGCGGAAGGAGGGGAGGACACGGCGUGGCCUCCUGCGCCGGGGUCGGGAGCGCGAGAGGGCCGGCGUCCGUGCACCCGGUCAGCGGGCACUGCCCCGGGACCGAGAUGCUGCCACCCCAGCCCCUCAGAGAGGGCCGGCGGGUGAAGUGCGCUCUCCAUGCUAUGACUCCCACCCUCCCCUGGACGCCCCAGGUGUCUUCGGACCUGAUGUUCGAGGAGGAACGCUUCAAUUACAACGGCAUACUCUAGUCAUCCAAGUGAAGCCGGCUGGGACGUUUCCCCGGCAUAGGUUGCUGCUGAAAAACUGGACUCUAAAGUCAAAACUACAAUGGGGCCGGGGGACCCACCUCCUCGGGUUCUGUAAAUCGAGUCGUCUCUUUGGCCAAUGUCUAAUAUUUGCCCCGGCCAAGGGCAGAAGUGUUCAUCUGGAAGUUUCAUUUCUGCGCUGUGGAAUGUUCUGGAAGAAGAUCCUGGCCUCAAAGGUGCCAACUGAGCAGGAGUAAACUGUCAGCAGCCUUGUCCACGCGCGGAUGAGACACAGGCUUUUACACAAACCGUCUUCCUCUAAAGGCGAUGCUUUUUUAUUUUUUUCCUGGUAACUCGCUUAAAUGUCUGAAAUGAAAUCUUGCCUUCCGAUCAUUUUUUUACUUUAAAAAAAAAAUAGUGCGAGACGAGAUUGGUGAUUGACGGACCGAAAAUGGACAAGAACCACCGGUGCUCGACCUUGCGGACCUGCUUGUCUUUCUCCCCAUGCAGAAGCGCGCGCUUGGUAUUGCAGGGGCGGAAGCGCGCGGGGCUCCCUGACCGCGCCCCGCUUCUGCACGCCGGGGAGGAUUUUACCUGCUUCCUCCCGGUGCCCAGAGCUUGUGGCUGGCCAUCAACUUAGCGUCGUGCCUGGUCAGAACCACGGAAGUCAUCUCCAGCGAGGCAGUGAGUGUCGGGGCCUCCACGGAGCUCCGGGUGACCGAGUCCUUCCUCCCCGAGUUCCGGGGUGCCGAGCGCGUCUACGACGGCUGCCGCUGCACGGACUACGCCGAAGCGCGGAACCUCUGGGCUUACUCCUUCCACGCGGCCUGACAGGCCGGCCACCCGCCCUGAGAGUCCAGAAGGUCAGGCCCCACCCCUUCCCCAGGACAGCUUCUGUGGGAAGUGCUUGAGGGGCACCACAGCCCCCCCCCCGCCCCGUCCCGGCUACGGGCCUCUGCACGCUGCUCCUUGGGGCGGCCCGGGCCUCCCCCCAUCCCAGCGAGGUCCGGAAGACGCAGCGUGCACCAGCACCCAGUCCUUCAGCCGGAAACGCGCAUCGCAGCCAGGUCUCCUGGGAGUGGGGAAAGGCAAAGGGGUAUCGAGAUGGGACAUUGUGACGGGAGGGACUGGUGCUCGGUACGGGCCGUCGCCCUGUGAAGUGCCCGCUUUCUCCCCUGCCAGUGCGUGUGCGUGGGGGGUUGUCCACUCCGCUAUCCACCCAGGUGUCCAGCGAUGGCAGCCUCGUCCCCUGCAAGUCACAGAGCACACAGAAGACACAGGAGGCGCAGGCCAGGUGGAGCGGCACUCAGGAGUCUGAUGCCCCUCCAGCGGGCCUCCCGCUGCCUGUGUGCACACCGUGGCCACAGGGACGCUGGGAGAGUCCUGCUCAGGCUCUGAGGCUCAGGAUGGGACCGGGGACAGGCACGGUAGUCCAUCGCGAAGGACGAGCUUCUGACGUGGGCCUCUCCGUGGCGGCGCGGCUGUCUCUAAGGAGCUUUGCAGCCGGCCAACGUCUUUGCCAUCACCUUCGCAGCCAGACCCGCAGUGACGUGCGUCUUCGUCCGUGAGGUGGAGGGGAGAAGUAUUUCCACUCACAAGACAGGCACAGAUGAAGCUAUCACAAGGAGGCGGAGGUCUGUCUGUCUGUCUCCGAAGGGCAGGGCUAGUUGUCUCCUGGCGAACGCUGUCCGCGACUUCGGGGACACAGGCGGCGGGCGGCUGGCUACAGUGCACCUGCUGAAGGAAAGAUCUCCUGAGCCUCGCAUUGCUGAGCUGAGCACUCAAGGGUGAAAUGUCGAGAGAAUGAUUCAAGAUUCUCUUUUGCUAUGGAGGGGGCAGGGGAGAAGCUAAUUAAUAAUAACUCAAUAAUACAAAUCACAUGAAACAAAAUAAAUAAAAUGUCUUAGGAAUUCUUAAGUAGUUUUGUGUUCUUUGUUACUGAGACUAUAAAACAGGGUUCUUUAACACACACACACACACACAUACACACACACCUUUUCCUAAUUGGAGAUGUAAUAUCACAUAUAGAUAGCUACAUACGUACGCGCGUAGAUGUGGAUGUCCAUAUACCUACACAGACUUUGCAGUACUGGGGUACAGAACUACCACCCAUCCUUCUGGAUCUCAGCCUCCCCCGUAGCUGGGGUGAUGGGUACAGGCCGACGCGCCGAGCUUCUUAUUGGCUAGGAUGGAGUCUCGUGAACUUCUUGGCCCAGACUGGCCUCAAACCGCAAUCCUCUUGCUCUCCGCCUCCUGAGGGGUUGGGAUUACCGGUGUGAGCCAGUAGCACUUGGGUUAUCACAUAUUCUUAUCAAGAAAGUCUUAUUUACUGGAGGGAUGGCAGCCUGAAUCUGUGUGGUUUCAGAUGACGCGUUUCCUACUGUUUCUGCUCAUUUGCACUGUGCACUUACACUUUUCAAAUGUUGAGUCAUUGAAAAGCCCAACCACGUCCCCUGCUUUUGAGAAGCUGGCUCCCGAGCUGUCCUGACUCAGAAAGUUUUAGUUCUGGGGUCUGGUGAAGACUUUGCACCGUGGACUGAAAGCUACAAAGAGGCGAACGAAAGGCACUGCUUUGUAAAACGUACUGUGUGUGUCUCCGUCUUACACCUCCAUACAGGAGGCGAAACUGUAACUUGUAGUUCUGAAAGGCUUAUUAUUAUCCUAGUUCCCUUUAGGACUUCUCCCCCACUUCCAGGACACUGAACCGAUUUCAACCUGAGUUGUGAUUCGAGCAAGAGUCGGAGUCAAAAGGUGCUUCUUUCACUUUACAAGUGGCCCCGUGGCCGUUGACACAUGUCCACACAGUUGUUGCACCCUUCAAAACUGGAGUUUUCUAAAAAGAAUCUUAUUUUUAUACAUGUAUGUUCCGCCAAUUUUAAGCUUAUGGGUCAUUGUAAUCAGACCACGUCAGCUUCUUUGAAUAAAUAACGCUUCCUUCUC